AUGUUAUCCCUACCAUUGGGCCCCUGGCAAAAUGUUGCUGCAGAUUUCUAUGGCCCACUCCCCAUUGGACAAACCCUCAUGGUUGUUAUUGAUGAAUAUUCGCGUUUCGUAGAAGUUGAAAUCGUCUCCUCCACCUCUGCUGCAGCUGCUAUACCCAAAAUUGACAAAAUUUUUGCAACCCACGGCAUCCCAGACCUGUUAAAAACCGACAACGGUCCACCAUUUACCAGCCACGCAUUCAAAGUCUUUGCCACAGAACUGGGUUUUAAACACCGGAAGAUCACACCGUUAUGGCCAAAGCAAAGGCUGAACGUUUCAUGCGUACCCUGGGAAAAGCUAUUCGCACUGCGCGAACUGAACAAAAAAAUUGAGAGAAAGAGCUUCAAAAGUUCUUGAGAAAUUAUCGUUCCACACCUCAUUCAAGUACAGGAAAAUCUAGGAAAAUAUGAGAAUGGAUAAUAAUUUUCACAGCGACUGGCCUGGCUGACAGGUUGAGUCGCCGCACCACCAGCUGUGUGUAGCCAAAAGUUAAGGAAAUUAUCACCAGCCGAGUUACUGAUGGGUCGCCAGAUCAAAACCAAACUCCCUGAAAUGCCCACCUUACACCCCACUCAACCUGCAAUCGCCAAUAAGGAUUCUGCUGUCACCAUGCAGACAAACGAAGUUGUGGUAAACCAAAUAAAUUCUCCGUUGGAGAUCUAGUUCUACCCAGACAGGAAAAGAACAAAUUUACCACACCAUUCCGAGCUGAACUGUUUCGAAUCACCGAAAUAAACGGGUCCAUGAUCACAGUGACGUCAAAAGAUCAAACCAUCACUCGAAACUCGUCUCAUUUUAAACUUUUGCCCUCAGACAUGGAAUUGUCCGAACCAAGCGCGCCAAAAGAAAGAGAUGAGGGAGGAGAAGAGGAGAGAGAAAAAGAAAAUUCCGAACUGAAUGACCAAGCAGCCAACAUGGACAGUCGUCGAUAUCCUGUUAGAAGUAGUAGAAACACAGAGCCAAAUUACAAACCAUAA